AUGAGUGCCAAAUUUGAUAAUGAGAAACAUGAGAAAGAAUAUGAUAUCAAUAAAGGUGCUGUAUUAACUAGAGUGGAUUCUCAUGAUGAGAUUUCACUUAGUGAAUCUGAUUUAAAUAAAAAUCAAAAUCAAUUUGAUGAUGAAAGAAUUGUUGAAUUUUUCGAAAGACUUAGUGAUGAAUCUGUUCAACAUUUAUUAACCAAAACUGGUCAUGGUAAUGAUAUAAAUCAUGAUAAUAAGGAUGAUUUAACUUUUGAUUUGAAAUUCUUUUUGGAUAAAGUCAUUAAUAUCACUAAUGAAAAAGUUUUAAACAUUUAUGCUAAAACUUAUGAAGAUCAUCAAGGUGAUGCAAAUUUCCCAAUUCAUGAUUGGAAUUUUAUUGAAUCUGUUAUUAAUAAUAAAAUUAAUAUUGAUGAAAAUUCUCAAAUUAAUUUUGAAGCUAAAUUAUUAGCUGUCUUGAUCCAUUAUCAUUCUCCUUAUCCAGAAGUUAGAGCUGUUACUGAUUUGGUUAAUGAUCUAAAUGAACCAAUUGAAACUAUUAGAUCAUGGACAUUAGCUAUUAUCUGGUUAAUUAUUCAAAGUGGUAUCAAGGAAUUUUUCGCUCACAGAUUUCCUUCAAUUUCCUUAACCAACAGUGUCAUUUCCAUUUUAUUAUAUGCAUCUGGUAAAUUAUGGGAAUAUGUUAUUCCAAAUGUUACAAUCAAUUUUUUCGGUAAGAAAUUACAAACAAAUCCUGGUCCUUAUUCUUUUAAAGAACAAAUGUUUGCCUCUUUAAUGACAAGUGUCGCUUCUGCAAAUGUUUAUGUCUCAUAUAAUAUUGUUACUCAAGUUAAAUUUUAUCAUCAAAACUGGUUAACUUUUGGUUUCCAAUUUCUUUUAGUUAUGUCAACUCAACUAAUGGGAUUUUCAUUUGCUGGUAUCCUAAGAAAGUUUGUUGUUUACCCCGUUAGAUCAAUGUGGCCAACUAUUUUACCUUCAAUUGCAUUGAAUCGUGCAUUAUUAAAACCUGAAAGAAAGGAAAAUAUCAAUGGAUGGAAAAUUUCCAAAUUUAAUUUCUUCUGGACAGCUUUUGGCUCAAUGUUUUUAUAUUUCUGGAUUCCAAACUAUUUAUUUCAAGCUCUAUCAACUUUUAGUUGGAUUACAUGGAUUAAACCUUAUAAUUUCGAUUUAUCAAUGAUCACUGGGUUUAAUAGUGGAUUGGGGUUGAAUCCAGUUGCAACAUUUGAUUGGAAUAUCAUUACUAGUUUAAUUUCACCUUUAGUCUUACCAUUCUAUGUGAGUGUUAAUGUAUUUGGUGGUAUGGUGGUUUCAUUUUUCGUUAUUGUUGGUAUUUAUUAUUCAAAUUAUAAAUGGACAGGUUAUUUACCUAUUAAUUCAAAUGGUAUUUUCACAAAUGAAGGUACUUCAUUCAAAGUUGAAAAAGUUUUAACUAAUGGAUUAUUAGAUAAUGAAAAAUAUCAAAAUUAUUCACCACCAUUCUAUACAGCUGCAAAUAUUGUUCUUUAUAGUGCAUUCUUCAUGUUUUAUCCAUUUGCUUUCCUAUACAAUACAGUUAAAGAAUGGAAAACAAUUCAAUUUGCUUUGAUCUUGAUGUAUGAAAAUGCUAAAGAAUCUAUUCAAUCAAUAAAAAAUGGUGAAUUUUUCAAAAAAAAAAAUAAUGAUGAAAAAGAUCAUUCAAAGGGUCUUGCAGCUUCAACUUUGGCUAAAUUUGAAGAUCCACAUUCUAAAAUGAUGGCAAAAUAUAAAGAAAUUCCAGAUUCAUAUUAUUGGGCAAUUUUGGUCAUUUCAUUAGUGUUAGCUAUUCUUUGUGUUAAAGUUUAUCCAGAUACAAAAACACCAGUUUGGGGUAUUUUCUUUACUGUUGGUAUUAAUUUUGUCUUUUUGAUUCCAUUAUGUAUUUUACUUUCAGUUACCGGUCAACAAAUGGGUUUGAAUGUUCUUGUUGAAUUGAUUGUUGGUUAUGCAUUACCAGGUAAUGGUGUUGCUAUGAUGACUUUAAAAGCUCUUGGUUAUAAUAUUGAUGGUCAAGCUGAUAACUUCAUUUCUUGUCAGAAAACUGCACAUUAUACAAGAAUUCCAAUCAGAUCAGUAUUUAGAGGUCAAUUGAUUGGAACAAUUAUUCAAGCAUUUGUGUUUUUAGGUGUUGUUAAUUGGUCAAUGUCAAAUAUUGAAGGUAUGUGUGAUCCAAAACAACCUCAAAAAUUUACUUGUGCUAGUGAACGUACAUUUUAUGCUUCAAGUGUUUUAUGGGGUGUUAUUGGUCCUAAAAAAGUCUUUGAUGGUCUUUAUCCAACAAUGAAGUAUGCAUUCUUAAUUGGAUUCUUGGUUGCAUUAUUAUUUAUUGCUAUUAGAAAAUUUGCACCAAAGUUUUUACCAAACAAUUUUGAACCUUCAGUUUUCAUUACUGGUUUCUUAAACUGGGCCCCAUAUAAUUUCUCAUACAUUAUUACAGGAAUGUAUUUUGCAUUUUUCUUCAGUCAUUACAUUAAAAGAAGAUAUAUUGCUUGGUUUGAGAAAUAUAAUUAUGUGUUAUCUGCUGCUUUAGAUGCUGGUGUUGCUUUCUCAGCUGUUAUUAUCUUCUUUGCAGUUCAAUACCAUCCUAAAUAUGUUGAUUGGUGGGGAAACAAUGUUACAGCCUGGGGUAUUGAAGGUGGUGAAGGUCAACAAAGUUUAUAUGAUAUCACAUUGACUGAUAGAGGUUAUUUCGGUCCUGAACGUGGUCAUUUACCAUGA